AUGGAUGUACUACAGCCCAUCCUUGUCAUCGACAAGACAAAUAGGCUCGAUCAGUUGGGUGAAGUGUUGUCUGAUUCCGGUUCAGUGGAUGAUGCUGAAUACAAAACAGGAACAAAAGUUUCACGUCCUCCGACUCAUUCUUUGUGUAAACUGGAUCCGAACAUGAUUUCUCUCUCAGAUGAACCUUCCGUCCGCGAAGAGCUCACAGGGCUGUUUCACGCAUUCAUAGAAUUACGGACACUCGCAUGUUUCUUAUCAAACAAUAUGUCGAUACUCAAUUCGAAGGUCGCUCAUUUUACUAUUAUUUAA